AUGGUGAAGGAGGAGUGCAAAGCGCUGCUGGACGCGCUCAACAAGGUGACCGCCUGCUACCGGCACAUGGUGCUGACCAUCGGCGGCACCUCGGACUCCCAGAACCUGCGGGAGGAGCUGAAGAAAACCCGGCAGAAAGCCCAGGAGCUGGCGGUGGCCAACAGGAACAAGCUCACCACGGUCCUGAAGGACAAAACCGUGAGCAAGGAAGAUAAAGCCGAGUUCGAGAGGCUGUGGGUGAUUUUCUCCACGUGCCUAGAGAUCCUGGAGAUCGACAUGAGGAGAGCCCUGGAGCUGGGCCACGAGUUCCCGCUAAAUGUUCCCAAAAAGCACCUGAUCCAGACAGGCAUGAGCGGGGGAACCUCUGGCGUGGCCGCCAGGGCGAUGAGCGUCCAGAACAUGAAAUACGAGGCUGAGCACAAUAUAGACGUGGUGGAUUUGAAAGACCUCGAGAACGAAAUCAACCAGGUAGGAGAGAUGAUGUACGAGAUGGAAAUGAAGGUCAAUGUCCCCCAGUGGACAGUAGAGGCUAAGCAAGACCCAGGGGCUGAACUAAAAUCUACCAUCAGUGUGGGCGCUUCUUCUAUUGGCAUGAUCUCUGUGGAGGAAAAUAAAUCCUUCUGCGAUAUCAGCAAGGUCCUAGCUGGGAUCAUUUUCUCUGCUGUGCUCAUUAUCGCUAUUGUCCUGGCAGUGUGUGUGGUAAAACUCUCUUAG